AAUUUAAACACUUCCCACUUUGUCUCCUAUAGAGCUUUAUAAUAUUUACAUCAAAUUUUUUUAUUACUCCAUCAACCAAAUGCAUCUCAAUAUCUAAUCGACAUUAUACAACAUAGUAAUCAAUCAUAUUAGUUAAAAAGUUUCGUCUAUUCUCCACCUUUAGAAGUCGAUGGACAGUGUGUAGUGCGUGCGACUAUGAAACAUGAUGAAUAUUCAAUAGUAUAAGAUGGGGGGAAAAUUGUCACGUGAAAAUAUAGUGCAAGUUGUUCGGAUGACCAACAAUCCAUUCAUCUAAGUAAGUGUGGAUAGAAGAUUUAUCAAUUCGCAAUCCACCCAUUAUAUUUCGAGUUAUUUUUGAAUAGAUCGAUAUCAAACCACGAGCUAAUCACUCACGUGUCCACCCCUAAUUAGCAGGGGGCGGACCUACAUGAUGGGAAGGGGUGUCGUCCGGUACCCUUUCAACAGAAAAUUUUGUGAAGAAUCUAUAUUUUUUUGGUACAAAAAGUUUUAAUACGAGAUUUUCGAUAUUGCAUUAACAAGAAUAGCCGAUACUCUUUUCAUUAAACGACACCCCUCUUCAACAAUCUUGUAUCCGCCACUGCUAAUUAGCACCCUACCACUUCCCAAAUCGAAUAGUGAUAACAAUAGGAACCAUCACCGAUCCGAAUGCAAAAAAGUCUUGCUAUCUUGAUCUUUAGGUGUGGCUAUACGGUCCGGUCCGGUUAAAUUGGGCCGAAUUGAUUCGGUCCCAGUCCGGUCUUUUCGGGAAUAUAAGGACCAAAGAUUGGAUUGGAUACAGUCUGGUCUUGAUCCGGUCCUGAAUCAGUCUUGAUUUUAGAUUGAACUUGUAGGGAUUUGAGUGGCCUGAGGACUCAAAGAAUGAGAAGUUGGUUUAGUUUUGGGUGUUGGGCUUCUUAUCCGGUCUUUAUCCGGUUUUUGAUCCGGUCCCAAACGCUUUUUUACCUCAAAUCUAAACUCGAAAAUUGGAUUGAAUUGUUUGCUUUCCAGUCCCGGUCCGGUCUCGAUCCGGAUUCGGAUAAAACCAAAUAGCCGGGACCAAAUAGCCAGCACUAUUCAUCUUCCUCCCAAGUUCGACGAGUGGAAAGAGGGUCCUCCCUUCCUAAAUUCCCCGCGGCUUCCGUACAGCCGAGAACUAAAAUAUUACGACCACCACCACCAUCGCCACAGCACUCUGAAAUCAAACUGACCACGAACCUUUCCUGUAAAAGACAACCCACAAAACGAGGAGAAAAAAAAACCCUCGGGUUGAUUGAGAAUGAUACAUCUUGUGUUUGACCAGACCCGCAGGCCGCAACUAUUCUAUUCUUCCUGACCGAUCUUCAAAACGUGCGCAAAUUGACCCCCUUUCCCUCCUUUAUUGCACUUUAAAAUGACAAACCCGAUUCCUUGAAUCAGCCACCGUUACGUUGUUCAUGACGGCUUCCUUCAGGAACAGAACCAUCGAAAAGCUGAAAGCUUAGCUGCUUUUCCCUGAGAUGGACGAUUUCCUCUUUGGCAGCGAGCUGAUCCCGGUCGUAACUGGUCCGGCCGGCCGAGCUACGCCGAACCACUUGAACAGGGGAACGGCAGAGUUCGACGAUGGGGGAACAGAGAGGAAGGCAGAGAGCAGCAGCAGAGAACAGUCGUUUCGGCAUAUGAUGACCGAGCGGUUGAGAAGGGAGAGGGAGAAGGAAGCCUACGCUGAUCUUCACUCACUCUUGCCCCCUAGCACCAAGAACGAGAAGAACGCGAUCAUGCGAGGGGCGAUGUUGAGGAUCCAAGAGUUGCGGGGGCACAAACAAGCGCUGGAAAGAAGAAUCACGGAGCUCCAAGAUGCAGGCAUUGAAUCCGAUCACAGGGAAAUCGAUAGCAGAGUUGUGAAGAAGAUAAGGAUCAAAGUCGAGAAUCCGACAUCUGGGUUGGAUUCGAUAUUGGAUGUUCUGCAUCUUUUGAAGAGGUCGGGAGCUGAAACGACUAGCAUCGAGUCCAGGUUUUCGCGUCAGGAACUCGAAGCUGCCAUGGAUGUAAAUACCCAGAUAGAGGCAGGUGAGGUGGAGGAGGCCGUACAAAGAUCGCUUUACGAUACUGAGAGGAAACUUCUUUCUCGCGGGUCUCCUAGAAGCUGUGUCUCCCAAAAUUGACUGGAAAAAAGAAAGAAAUGUAAAGUUCGACGCCUGUGGGUUGGUCGGAUUCCUGUUGUUUUUAAACAAUGUAACCACUUCAUUAUAAAAUGAAUAUGUUUGUCUGUUUAAUUAAAACUGUACUGUUUUUACCAUCAAGUUACAAAAUCGACAGUUAUCCAGCCAUCGUGCUAUAGAUUUACAAGAAUAGAAAUGUAUUCCAAAU